CCUGUAAUCUGUGACGACCAGAGAUAGAGUUUAUGUGUUUAUGUUGUCGUUUCUUGCAAUGAUUUAAGUGUAAUUGUUAUAAAGUGUCUCAAGCUAAGCCUAAAGUUUUACUCAUCGCUGGACAUGGAUAUACUGGACAUCGAUGAGGCAUUAAAGGAUGAUUCAUAUAUAUUCCUGGCGGAUAAGAACCACGACGAUGUCUCCAAUAUACUUCAGCAGUGGAAAACGAAUAAUCAGCCUCAGCUGCAUUCGCAGUACAACAAUGAGCAGGCCUACAAACACAACUCGAAGACCUUCACCCGCCCCAAGCGACGGAAUCUGGAUUUCGCCCAAAAUGCAUCUUCGAUCAACGAGAGCGGCCCUGGCACAGGAGCGGUCAGCGGCACACCGACGAUGCUGCAGCUGGAAAUUGGCGGUCUGGUCACCACGAACAUGCACAAAUCCUUCCUGCAGGACACAUCGCCGCCGUCUUCCAUUUGCUCUUCCAUGAACACGGAGAGGAUGAACAACUCGCUGAUCACCUCGGCGGACUUUAGCAAUCUCAACUUUCUCCAAUCCACAAUCAGUCUGCAGCAGGAGCUGAGCCUCACUACCACUCUGAUCAACCAGACGGACAACGGCAUAAACGGGGGGCUAGUUAAUGGAGGUGGAGGGGCCGGCUAUACGCUCAGUGACAUGAUCAGAGAUCGCAAGGCCCUAGAAUCGCUGACAAUGUGUGAAGAGGAUGGCACUCUGAUCAAGGACUCGCACAUUGGACAGAUCGACGAGAUCUCGUUGACACUGAGCAAGACCGCAUCCGGCUGCAGUACAAUGGACAACAGCACGGAGAGCAUGUCCAACCCCUUGGCCACAGAUCGCACCAUCCUGAUGCCUGCCGUCCCUGCUGUCUAUGCUCCUGCCCUGUCCAUGGUCCUGGGCGAGGAAAUGAUCGCCGAUACAACGUUCAAUCUUACCAUGCUGCAAUCCGAGUCUGAAUCCCUGUCGGUCGAUGGCAAUGCCACCUUCAAGCGGGUGGCGGCGACACCAGCUUCUACUUCAGUCACCGCUUCGUCGGAUGAGACGCAGCUUUUGGCUGGUCGCCAGAUGAACACAACCUUCACGGAUGGCUGCAAUACUCCAGAGGGCCGGUGCGAGACGCCCGAAAAUAUCGACAGGAAGCUGGCAAUGGAAUCAUCCACGCCACUGACCACAAACAUCCGCUCCCACUACUACCACAAUAACAAUAACAACAACAAGCAGGGAUACACGCCCACUCUGAAGGGGCGAGGCGGGAUGGUAGAUGUAGACAUGAACUUGUCACCCAUUGUAGGCCUCACGCCCCAGAAGGGCGCCGGAGCCGGUGGGCGGCUGAACAACACCUUUGAGACGGUGGCCAAGGCAGCGGUGCCAUUCGAUGGGGAAAAGUUUGUGUUGGACACAAUGGAGAUAUUGGAGCAGAUCGAACAGCCACUGGAUGGAACAUACAGCUUGCAAAUGUCCGAACAGCACAGGCAGAUGCAGUGCGUGAUGGAUCUGGCCGAGGCAGAGGUGGAAAUGCUGGCCCAGCAGGGCGAUGAAGAGCAGUUCGAGCACAUGCUGGCCGAGCUGGGAAAGGUGAAUGCCCUAAACGAAACUCAGCUGAAGAUGCAGAAAUCGCUGGAGACCAUCAAGCGACGUUUUCACAGGGAUGAGCCGGAGGCAGAAGCAGGCGAGCAGCCCGAACAACAGCACCAGCAGCAGGUGGAGAAAGCAGAGACCACCCCCACCCUCAAUCAGAGCCACUCGAGCAACAACAGCAGCAGUGCAGGAGAGCGUCUCCUGAGCCGUCGCAGUCGCCUGUAUGACGAUGUCAAUCUCAGUGGCAUGCAUGGCAGCAACGGGAGCUCUGCCAGCUGCAACUCCGCUUCGUUUAUAGUGCAGCGCAGGGAGAUGCCUCAGGAGGAGCAGGCAGCGCCUGACACAGUGCCCAAGCCGGAGGAGGAGGAGCAGCAGCAGCAGACCAGCUAUAAACUGGCCGAGCGCCGUGAACGAGACCGCGACCGUUUCAAGACCAUCAAGAUAACGAAGGAAAUGCGGAUGCGCGAUGAUUCGCAACAGGAGAUAAUAGUGCCUUGUAUCGACGAUGAUCCACAGCAGCAGCUGGCGGAGGAACAGACGGAAGGGGAAGAUCUGCCAACGCAGAGACAGGGUUCUCCGCCAAGCCGUCUGUCUCGCCGAGAUCAGAACCCCUCCGUUUACUACAACAACAGCAACAAAGCGGAAAGUAGUUCGAGCAACUAUUUGACCUAUAAGAAGCCCAAAGAGAAAUCUCUGCUCAGUCGUCGCCAGGUGCCUCAGGAGGCACAGAUAGCAGAGAAAUCCUCCACCGCCUCCACUCUACCCCAGCCGCGUUCCCUCUCUCGACCACGCUACAUCAGUGGCCUGCAGAAAUUCUCGAUGGUUAGUAAGGCCACAUCCGCCGGGGCCGGACUGAAUGCCACUCCAGCCGCUGCUGCCCCGACUACGGUCACAGCGACAGCCACAUCGAGUGGCGAGCUGAAGAGUCCCAUGGGCAUUAAAUCCAAGUCGUUCCACAAUCUAUCCUCCACCAUGAGCGGCAUUGGUGCUCCCAGACCUAGUUUGGGUUGCGGAUUACGUCGACCGGGUCAACAACCCAGCAAGCUAAUGGCCGGACUCCGUGGACCCGUGCAAGCACAGGAGGAUGAAGCGGCCGUGUUCAAGGUGCCCAAGUUGGGGAGUGGAUUGCGUGGCCCGCCGCUGGCAGGUGCAAAACGAACUGUGGGCAAUGGGCUGGCCCGUCCCUCGUCGGGAUAUUACAGCCUGAGCGUUAAGACUGCUCCAGAGGCAGAAACUCCAGAGAGCCUUUCGUCGGCCUCCUCGCGCGGCAGUCUCUAUGGCUAUAAGGACAACAGCAAGGGUGCUGCUGCUUCCAAUGGCGGAAAUGUUCCUCAGCCGAAUUCCUCACACUUGUUCGAUACCCAGGUGCUCUCCUCGAAGCUGACGCAAGUGACAACGGGCGGCACGGGCAUACCGAAGCCAUCGGGUCUGCGGCCGCCCUCGCAAAUGAAACGCAGUGGCCUGCCACGACCCUCCAGCAUUGUUAGGCGUUAGGAUUGCCACCUACCACGACACGCACCUCGCGAUUGUUUUCAUGCCCGUAUCCGUAAACUAACCAUUUUUUUGUUGUGUAUUUUUUGUUCCGCUCUCUUUAUGUUUAUGUAUUAUCCAUCGAUCCCACAACACAUUUCCCAAUAAUCCACUUGCCUAGUGAUUUCGAAACACUACCAUUUAUGUUUAUGAAUUAAUAUAACGAAAAUUUAUGCAUUUAGUUGAAAAGCAGAGCAGAAGCAGAACAUGGCGACUUAUAAAAGAUUAAACAGACAAACACGUAAACAUAAACAUAAACAUAUACCCUAAUUAGUAUAGAACAAAUACACACACACACAGACACACCCGAACUUUGCCUUACGAAUUAUUAGAAAGAAACAAAAAAACAAACAAAAUAAAAAGAUACGAAACGAGAUGAUGAACGAGAGAGAGAAGAUUGUAAACGAGAGAUGAGAUAAAUAGCUGUAUAUUUUUGUAAAAUCAAUGCAAAAAUUCUAUAAACGUUAUUUGCUGUGAAGCGUUUUGAGUGCUGCUGCAAAAGUUAGAGAAGAAGCGAAUCGAAUAAAGAUUACUAUAAUUAAUACAAAUAUACAAUAAGCUCUGCUCAGUGGCCGCACUGGACCACAAAAUUAACAAAAGGAAAGAAAACAAAACGAAACGAGGAAAAGAAAAGAAACGUAACUCUAAAAAAAAGGGUUUUGACGAAACAUGUUAUAAAUCGAACUUAUAUUAUUGUAUAACAUUAUCACAUAUAUAUAUAUAUAUAUAUAUUUGCAAGUAUAAACAAUAUAAAGAACACUAAACGACAUCAAUAUGAAUUGUCUACUCAGAUAUUUGUACGAGAGGACUUAUCAAUUAUCGACUGUUUCUAUUUUGAUAAAUUUCAAACUACAUUGUCCCCCUACUCUCAAUGAAAAGCCAUCAUAAAAUGUUUUUUUGUUUUUUGUAAA